AUGGAAGCAUGGAAGUUGGGCAGGUUCAACGUCGUAGUUCCUAUUAUGCUCCCCCUUGAAGAGACUGUGUUCCUCCGCCUGCCACUUCCUUACAAAGUUGGCGAUGCACGCUGUCCGGGCAACUCGGACGAGAAGCUUCGGACCGAGGUUGCAACCUACAUUUGGCUUGAAGAAAACUGCCCUGAAGCUCCUAUUCCCACCCUUCGCGCCUUUGGUUUCCCCGACGGGUCUGCGACUUCUUGGGCGGCCGGUUCCGUCUUGCUACUGUAUGUACCUAGCAGCAAGAGGAACCCUCUGGAGCACGGCUACCUCAUUCUCAGUGAAGCCAAGGGCGAAAUGCUUUCCUUGUCCUGGGAGAAAUACCGUCACGAUAAAUCCUAUCGAGAGAGGUUAUUCCUUGGCCUUGCCAACGUAACCUUGUCAUUAAAUAGAACGCCUCUGUCCCGCAUUGCUUCCCUUACGUUGCGGCCCAACGGCUGUGUUGCGCUUUCAAAUGGACCGCUGGACCUGCACUUUCAGAUGCUGGAGAAUGAGGGCAUCAGCUCUGGAAUCCCGCGACAUAGGACGUAUGCCGCAUUCGAGCCUUAUAUAUCUGACCUGAUUUCCCUCCAAGAUAGCAAGAUGCUACAUCAACCAAACUCAGUCCGCAACUUUGCCGAUGGUAAGAGGCAGCUCGCGGCCCUGGUGACUCUGCGAGCCGUCAUGCCCACCUUCAUCCGCCCACAGUAUCGCGAGGGCCCUUUCCACUUGACCCUCACCGACCUCGACCAGUCAAACAUCUUUGUCGAUGGGCAGUGGAACAUCAAAACGAUAAUCGAACUUGAGUGGGCAUGCGCAAGGCCCAUUGAAAUGCAGAUGCCGCCAUUCUGGCUCACUUCAAGGGCAGUUGACGGGUUCAAAGACGCAGACGAGAUAGCCGAGUACGAUGCCAUUCUCGCAGAGUAUCUCGAAUUCUCUGCAGCCGAAGAGAAGCGACGCAACGGCGUGGCGCUCGAGGCGCCCAUCCAGCGACAUGUGUGGAGAAGUGGCGCCUUUUGGUUUUUUCAUGCGGCGUUGACACCAAAGGGCAUGUUUAACCUGUUCUCGCGGCAUAUCCAUCCUCACUUCAGCAAGGUGCAUCCCCAGAUGAUUAUAUUCAACGAGAUGCUUUUCUGUUACUGGGGCUUGCAGGCCGAGAAGACGAUAGGUUUGAAAGUCAGGCAAAAAGAUGAGUACGUCGAAAAAGUCAGGCAGGUUUUUGGGCAGCCCGUGGAGCAGCGAGCCACGUGGGGAGGGGAGGAUAGAUUGGCCGAGCCCCGAGCCCCGGGCUACAGCAGACGCUGGGUAGAUUUCUUUCUUAUUGUGCAGAGCUAUUACUGGCGUGGUGCGGACCAAAAGUUGCACUCUAGCAGGAUGUACAUGUAUAUCACGACAAAAACCAUGAUCUUGGGUAAUGACUUGCUUGGAUGCUCCAUCUUGUGCUUGUAA